GAACUAUUUCAAGCUGUCUUGGAAAGAAAUCUUGUUCCUGAUAUCCUUGUAAACAACGCCGGUUUGAUCAAUGAAAAGUCCAAGUUUUGGGAGAUUCCUCAAGAUGGGUUUGAUUGUGUGAUUGAUACGAAUGUAAAAGGGACAGCAAAUGUUCUUCGGCAUUUCAUUCCUCUUAUGAUCCGAGGAGGAAAAGGAAUUAUCGUUAACUUCUAUUCAAUGUGGGGAAGAGAUGGUGCUCCCAUGUUUUCUCCCUAUAGUGCCUCUAACUGGGCAAUUGAGGGCUUGACCAAAUCCAUAGCUUUGGAGCUGCCUAAAGGAAUGGCUAUUAUAGCACUUGAUCCUGGUAUUGUGAACACAGACAUGCUUGCUAUUAGCUUUGGCGAUUCAGCACCUGACUACCAAAAUCCUCAACAAUGGGUAGUAAAGGCGAGCACAAUGAUCCUUAGUUUUACAUCGGAAGAUAAUGGAGCGUCUCUCACUCUUGAAUGAGGUGGAGCUUGAGUGAUGAACUUCAGUUUUGAGGAAGAAUGUGCAUAAAUAAAGAUUUCUUAAACGAACAUUAUUGCCAAAUUUUAUAGAUUAUAUUUCUAAAUGGUAUUCUUAAUAAGUUUGUUAAACAUAUACUCUGAUUAUGAUUAGCUUAUGACAUGUGAGACACCAUCGUCAUAUAUCAUGUGUUAAAAUUAUGAAUGAAAAAUUAAGAAUAUAUAUCUACAGUCUCGUAAGAAAUUUAUGUCAUGAUAAGUAUGAAAAUAGUAUUAUGUGUAUCCUCUCAUUGAACUACAUUUUUAAUGUGGGACCUUAUACAUGAGGUAUGUAAUGUGAUUAUGAA